UUCUGAUUCAUUUCUCUUUCUCUCACACACACUCACACACACAAGUCUUCUCUUUGGUUCUAUAGCUUUGCAGUAGACAUCUCUAUCCAGAUCAAUCACGAUCUUAGAGCCUUUAUCGAUCUAUCAAUCUCUCGUAUUAUCGAUCGAUAGGCGACUCCGCUUCAGUUCUCUAAUCGAUAUGCCUCAAGAUCUUAGCUAUCGGUUCGUCGCCUUUCUCUUCCAUUAGGUAUGUCCACUCAUUCUUCAACUUCUUCAUCGUCUUUUGGGAGAAUUGUAAGGGAUUCAUACAUUCCUCGAGUUUUCAGAUGUAUAAAUAACUUCAGCUCCAGUUCGCCACACAGAACACGCAGGUAGCACCACCAGCAGCAGCUAAGGGUUUCUAUUUUACUUUCCCCAAACCCUACCUCUCCAGACUGCUUUCCCUCGACUCUCCCGUGAACGAAUCCCGACGACGCCUGCUUCUGGUACCUUGAAAAGCACUUCAAAUCUCAAGACAAUUCAGCAGCCAUGGAUGAUGCCAUAUACCGGAUUGUCUCAGAGUUCGAAGCUCAUAAUGCACAAACACCCAUCUCAGAAUCGGCUUUACUGGACCUCCAAACCCUACUUGACAAUGCCCUCAAUACUGAUGACCAUCUGGACGUUGAGCGCCUCUACGAUGAACUCUCAUCAAAGAACAUCUCUGCAAGCUCUCUCGUACCACCAUUCAUGACAUCUAUGGAUUCCGGACCAAUUCAUAUUUCUCUUCUGGCUACAAAUGUGUAUCUCUCUUUAAUUCUUUCGCAGAAUGCCCCUGUCUUUACAUUGUUCACGCCCAUGGCGUUUCUAUCUCUUCUUCGUUCAAUUCGUCGGUUUUUUAAAAACCCAAAUCUUGGAAACGCGCCUCCUGCUUCGAGCUCUAGCCAAACCCGGAAUAAAAGGGGUGGUGGACGUCGUGGUCCUUCCCGCAAUAGGUCGCAGAAUGUUGAAGACGAUAGCGAGAGGAAUGAAGAGAGACGAAUUGACAUUAGAACAAUGUUUACCUUACUAGAAAAGUUAGAACUCGUUCUACGUUUGGUCCAUCUAGAUCGGUUUCCCGACAGCAUGAAGUCUUUGAUCCAAACUAUUGCAGAAAUACCACUGACUGCAAUGGAAGUCAGUGGAGCUUCAGGAAACUACAAUAAAUUGUGUCAGUUUUGUUCAAAGAUCUUGAUUGAGCUGUUGAAGCCGGAGCAUGGGGAUCAAUCGGUUUCUUCAGCCGAGGUGUUGAAGUCAAUGUCGAACUCGAUUCUGUUAGUCAAAUCACCAGCUCGAACAUUUGCACUUGGAUUUGUUGUGAAUCAGAUGAUGAGCUUAUCAAAAGAUUCAAAUGAAAUCAGGAAGGCAGUUGUGAAUGUUCCAAAGUAUUUGGUUCAAAAAGUGCAUGAGAAGGCGGAUGCUCGAUCAUUAGCAGUUGAAUCAAUCGUGGAGAUCGUCAAGUCUAUGGAAUUCGAUGAUCAAGUUGGAUUUACAGAUUAUGUUGUCAGAUUGACCCAAAGCAAAACCAGGUUCAGGCUCUUGGCAGUAGAUCUUAUUCCAGCUCUAACAAUGUCGCUGACAGAUCCACUGGGAUUGAAUUCUGAAACAACCGAUGAGAAAUCUUGGGGAAUUAGAUGUGUCGAGGCUCUAAUUGAGCGGUGUGUGGAUUCAGCCGCGACAAUUCGAGCACGGGCAUUGUCAAAUUUGGGACAAUUGGUUGGAUUCUUAACAAAGGAUGAUAGAAGUAAGGCCUUGUUGAAGGUUGCAAUGGGUUGUUGCAAUGAAGAUGAAAACAGGAUGAAUAGUCUUCUAAGAAGAAUGUGUGCAGAUGAGAAGGCAGCGGUUAGAAAAGCUGCACUUACAUUAAUAUCCAAAUUGACAUCUUCUUUAGGCGGCUCCCUCGAUGAAACUAUGGUUAAAACUAUGGGGAUGGCUUGUUCAGAUUCACUUGUUAGUAUCCGCAAAGCAGCUGUUUCUGCUCUCUCAGAGACGUUUAGAAGAUUCUCAGAUGGCUUUGUAACUAGAGAAUGGUUACAUUCUGUUCCAAGGCUAAUAACUGAUAAUGAAACCAGCAUUCAAGAAGAAUGUGAGAAUUUGUUCUUAGAACUUGUAUUGGAUAAAAUAUCCGAAUCCCACUCUAAUAAGCUACAAAACAAGAGAACCAUUUCGUUUGAUCCUAACAUCGAGUGCAAAGAUGUUUUGAAUAUCUUGAGAGAGGUAUGUGAUGGGGAAGUGAUGCCAUGGGUGAGAAAGAUAUGCACAAAUUUAGGAAAGAAGAAACGGUUGAAAUCCAAAUUAGUUAUUGCACUUCAAGAUAUUGUCAAGGCAUCUGAAUCAGCAUGGUUGAGCCAAUCCAUGUCAAUAAAGAAAUGGACAGCACCUCCAGGUGCUUGGUUUCUUUUAUCUGAAACAUCACUUUUCUUGCCUAAAGCUGUCGAGUGGGAAUUCCUUCGCCAUCAUUGGGAGCUCUUUGAUAAGCAUGGUUUGGGCGGUGAGACGAAUAAUGAUCCAUUUCCCGAUCCAAUGGCUAAUAAUGAAAAUAACGGCGGGGUUGAAUCGAAUAGUGUCGCGUGGGCGGGUGAUAGAGUGUUUCUUCUUCAAACAAUAUCUAACGUCUCAGUUGAACUACCACCCGAACCUGCAGCAGAUUUAGCUCAUAGUUUCCUUCGACGAAUUGAAGAAUUUAGUAUGCAUCCAACUGAGAUUAAUGCACAUGUGAAAGCAUUGAGAACCGUGUGUAAGCAGAAAGCUUUAAGUGUUGAAGAAGCAGACAGUCUAGUUAUGAAAUGGGUUAGCCAGCUUCUUACUAAAGCUUCUCAGAUCCUGGACAAGUUUUUAUCAAACGAAUCCGAAACGAACAAAGAGAACAACUUUUUCACGCCAACCAAAACUGGCGGUAAGAAAGGAAAGAGAGCCGAAGCAGCAGAGUCAAGAUCGAUAACAGCGAUUUAUACUAUCGGUUCCUUGAUUACUAUCUGCCCGUCAGCUGAUUUGAAAUCCAUUGUUCCAUUACUGCAUAAAGUUAUCACUUCAGGAAAUUCUAAUUCUAAAAUUGCCAAACUUCCUGGCAUCAAUCUUUCAAUUAAGAAUACUGCCCCUUCCCUUUACAUUCAAGCAUGGCUAACAAUGGGGAAGAUCUGUUUGGCUGAUGGGAAACUUGCUAAAAGCUACAUUCCUUUGUUUAUGCAGGAGCUUGAGAAGAGCGAUCUUGCAGCACUACGAAACAAUAUUGUCGUAAUGAUGGCAGAUUUUUGCGUUCGUUACACUGCUUUGGUCGACUGUUACAUGUCGAAGAUCACAAAGUGUCUUCGCGAUCCAUGUGAACUUGUGCGAAGGCAGACAUUUGUACUACUCUCUAGAUUGUUGCAGAGGGACUAUGUGAAGUGGAGAGGAGUGCUCUUUCUCGGGUUUUUGUUAUCUUUAGUCGACGAAUCAGAAAAAAUCAGACAACUUGCUGAUUAUCUUUUCAACAAUAUCUUGAAAGCCAAGGCGCCACUUUUAGCGUAUAAUGGUUUCGUGGAAGCAAUCUAUGUACUAAAUGAUUGCAAUGCUCAUACCGGGCAAGCUAAUUCCAAGACUUCAAAUGCUGAGACUCGAAUUUUCGCCAUUAAGGGUAACUAUGAGAACCCGAGAUCUAAGCGAAUGCACAUAUAUGUUUCUUUGCUGAAACAAAUGGCUCCAGAACAUCUUUUAGCUACUUUUGCUAAAGUUUGUGCUGAAGUAUUAGUUUCUGCAUCUGAUGGAAAGCUGAAUAUCGAAGAUUCUACAGGUCAAUCGGUUCUUCAGGAUUGUUUCCAAAUUCUUGCUUGUAAGGAGAUAAAAAUCAUACCAAGCCGUGGAUCGGCGGCGUUAGAUUCAGGAGAUAUUGAAGAAGAAGUUGGCGGCGAUAACGGAGCAGUUGCGGCGGCGGCAGCGAGAGGAAAGGCGAUAACUCAGGCAGUGAAGAAAGGUCUGAUUCAGAACGCAAUACCGAUCUUUAUCGAAUUGAAGAAGUUAUUGGAGAGUAAAAACAGUCCCUUAAUCGGAUCGCUAAUGGAAUGUCUCCGGAUAAUUCUAAAAGAUUACAAGAACGAAAUCGACGAGAUAUUGAUUGCCGAUAAGCAACUUCAGAAAGAACUUAUCUACGAUAUGCAGAAAUACGAAACAACGAAAGUCAAAUCAACAAGAGAUGGCUGCGGCGGCGGUGGCGGUAAUCAGUCUCCUACAGGGGAACCGGAUUCGGCGGCUGCGGUGGCUGAGUCGGUUUUGAAGGAGGUGAACGGAGGAAAAGCGACGCCGCCGUUGAGUUCGAUGAAGAUGCCGAAAUUGAAGACGGCAAUGAGGGAGGGAGAGGCGGCGGCGGAGGCGGCGGCGGAGGCGGCGGCGGAGGCGGCGGGGGAUUCUGGUGGAGGAAGGAAGUCUAUGGUGUUGGAAUCAUUGAGGAAAAGACAUUGUUUUGAUUCUGAUGAUGAAGACAACUGAAAAAAAUAUUAAAUGAAUAAAUCAUCUGUUGUGAUGUUUGUAUUAUUAUGUGUGUUUUAAUUUUAGAUCAUAU